AUGUCCCCCUCUGGCGAGGCCACGGCGCUGUUCGGCACCAAUGAGGAGGAUGCUGGGCAUGCUUGGCAAAGAGACCAUCGCGGGCAUGGCACGGCAGCGUGGCAAGCGGUUGACAAUUGGGCGGAGAACGCCAAGAGGCUUGGUGAUAGGACGAGGGGCAUGAGCCAAGUCGCUCACGCACGCUACGAGGUUUGCAGAGGAGGGGAUGUGCCCGUCUGGUUCGGCGCAGAGUGA